GCCAAACAGAAGAUGUGGUUAUGCUCCUGAAUUUUGGGGUUGAUCCCACUGUUCCAGAUUCACGGUCAAGAUAUGUCAUAGAUAUCUUGAAAAAGAACAAAAACUUUGAUGCUGUAAAAGCUGUCAGCAAUCACAUUGAGAAACACACUUCCUCUGAGAAACAGACAGGGAGGAAUGAAAGCGGAGCCAUAGCUGAUGCAGAUUCUCUCCUGGAUGUUCUUGAACAGUUUGUCCAGUUCUACAAAUUUGAAAAUGGAGCACAUCAUAAAAAUGUAUUGAAGGAAGAUGCAGUUAAGCAAUUUCUGAAACUGCUGUCUUCUGUGAAAGAAAUCCCUGAAGGGGUGGUUUGCAACAUCUCCCAUGCCUGUGCUAACAGCUUCAUAAAACAGUUGCUGGAGAAGCAAAUGUGGGAUAAAGUUUUGCUGCUGCUAACAGGGAAAGCCAGUGGGGAAGAGCCGUCAGGUGGAGGACUCUUCAAAAACUGCAGUCUUUCAGAUGUUGACAUUGGCAACGUUAUCAAGCAGUGUGACAGAUCGGACAAACAAGUGCACCUCAUAAGAUGCUUGAUUGAACGAGGAGCUCUGCCAGAUGGGAUUGGAACCAACUCUGAAAUACCACUGCAAAUAUGUCUCAGAAAGAAUUAUUUUGAACUGGUGUAUUUGCUGCUGACCAAAGGUGCAGAUCCUCGAAAUCUCUCUGUUGCACAAGGAGAUACUCCUUUGCAUGCUGCAGUUUCCAUCUGUUUAAAUAAUAGAGAUGGCACUGGUUUAAACAUUCUGAACUAUCUACUUGAUCUCUUUGCUUCAAGACCUUCCAACUUCCCAUAUCUUAAUCCAAACAUACAAGAUGAGAAUGGAAAUACAGUGAUGCAUGUUGUUUUUCAGAGAGGAGUUUCAAAACAGGCUAAGAGAAUAAUGGAGUCAUUGGCAAAAUUUGAUGUUAACUUUAAUAUAAAAAACAAAUUAGGAAGAGAUGUGAGGCAUAGAAUUAAAAAAAAUGACCCACUGUUACUUGCCUGGAAUAAUGCUGCACUGGAGAAAAAGAAGCACCGUCAGGAUAUAGCAGGGCAGUUGGUUAAAACAUCUAAGCCCAUUCCAGCCUCUGAGAUUCCACAGCCGAAGAGCACAGGGCGUGCUUUGUCAGGGUCCUCAUUAAAGGCACCAUCUGGCAACACAGAGCAUAAUGAUUCAAAAACCCUGUCUUCUGUAAAGACAAAAAAAGAUGAGUUGGCAAAGCAGGAAACAGAAGGAAUAAAUAGCCCCUUAACGCUGCAGGAAAGUCUAGUACAGGCAAUCACAGCUUUAAUUCAGCAACUGAAAUUGGGUGAUACCCUGAGAAAAGAUCAUCCUCUGGUACAAAAGCCAUCUUCAGCCCAGACUAAUUUGGAAGAGGGAAGAAGUGAGUCCUCACAACCUUGUGGAAGCAUAGCUUAUCCUGAAGGAAAAGGGGAUGAUUGGGAGAAAAAGGAAGGAGCCAGGGAAUUUAGUAUGGCCCUGCCUAAUAGCGAGAAGGAAGAACCAGAGGAAGAGAAGGGGAAGAUUUUGGAUAUGGAGGCAUAUGUGCAGGAGUUUGAUAACAUGACCUGGGAAAUAGAGUGUACUCCUGAAUUGCUGAAGAUGUUGGGCAGCAAAGCUGUGCCUCAUUAUCUGAAAACUAAAACUAUAAUGACAAUUAAGCAGCUUGGCACUGGGGAGUGGACUAGGGGCCUUCAGAAGCCACUGAAACACUUGAAAGCCGAUAUCCAGCUGUAUGAAGCCAAGUUGGGCAAAGGUGCAAGAAUGCUAUGGGAGCUUGCAAUAGACUUUUCUCCUCGUUGCAGCGAGAGUGCAGAAAAGAUUAUGGAGACAGAACAGACAAAAAGUCUUCCAGAAAAAUCGGGUAGAGUUUACACGGAAAUAAUCAGAAUUUGGGCCAUUGUUCUUGACCACUGCAAGCUGAACCGUGUCUUAGAUAAUAUAUGUAUUUCCUACAAUCGUGGUUUAUCCUGCAUCUUGAGGAAGAAACUCAAGGGCAUAAAUGAAGGACAUCAGAAGCACAGUGUGACAACGCAGAAGCGUGUUCCGCGUUGUUAUGUUGAAGACUCAGAGGCAGAAAAAUCAAAAGAACAUACCAUACCUGAGUAUUUCCCUCCAGCCAGCGCAGCAGAAUUGGAAUACAAUAUAAUGAAAUUUCACAGCUUCAGUACUAACAUGGCGCUUAACAUUAUAAAUGAUGUACAUUCUUCUGUUGAAUACCCUUUCCGGGUUGGGGAGUUGGAGUAUGCAGUAAUUGAUCUCAAUCCAAAGCCCAUGGAACCAAUCAUUUUAAUUGGGAGAAGUGGGACAGGGAAGACAACUUGCUGCUUGUAUAGGCUUUGGAAGAAAUUCUGUUCUUACUGGGAAAAAUCCACCCUCGCAAAUGGUCCUCUGCUGGAGAGGCAAACAUGGCAGCAAAGGAAGUGCAGUGAGGUUGAAAAAACUAGGUUAGAGAAGGAAGAGAGUGAAGUAAAACAGGACAGUGAUGAUUCGAGUGAUGAGCAAGAGCAGGACAGUGAGGAUGAAAAGGUUCCUGCAGGCACAGCUGGUGCGGAAAUGAAUUCAUGUGAUGACCAUGAAGAAGACCAAAUGCAUAGCACAGAAGCAUUGAACAGGCUGGAGCACCUGCACCAGAUCUUUGUGACAAAAAAUCCUGUCUUGUGCCAAGAAGUUCAGAAGAAUUUCAUCGAACUUAGCAAGUCUUCCAAGGUAACCAGUCACUUCAAGCCUCUGGAGCCAAAUGUGCACAAGCUACAAGACAUUAAAGAUGAAAAUUUUCCGUUGUUUGUCACCUCUAAGCAGUUGUUGCUGUUACUGGAUGCAUCCAUGCCUGAGCCAUUUUUUCCGAGAGACGAAGAUGGAAGCCUUAAAAGAACCAUUGUUGGUUGGAGUCCUCAGGAAGACUUGCUUGUACCAAAUUGGCAAGAUGAGGAUGAAGAAGGUAAUGUUGAAGCAGAACAUGAUGAUGAUGAAGGAGCUGCAGAUGUGUACUCUAGGGAAAGUGAUCCUCGGACUUUUGUGACUUAUGAUUUAUUUACAAAUGAAAUAUGGCCAAAAAUGAUAAAAGGUAAAAGCCUGUACAAUCCAGCACUAGUUUGGAAAGAAAUAAAAUCAUUUCUGAAAGGCUCUUUUGAGGCACUGAGUUGCUUUGGGGGUAAACUUACUGAGGAGCAGUACAAAAAGCUAGGCCGAAAGAGGUCACCGAACUUCACAGAAGACAGGAGUGAAAUCUAUCACCUCUUUUGUCUUUAUCAGCAGAUACGAUCGCAGAGAGGUUACUUUGAUGAAGAAGAUUUGCUGUAUAACUUAUCUCAAAGACUGUCAAAGCUCAGAGAGCUGCCGUGGUCCAUCCAUGAGUUCUAUGGUGAUGAGAUACAGGAUUUCACCCAAGCUGAGUUAGCACUGUUAAUGAAAUGCAUCAAUGACCCUAAUGCCAUGUUUCUAACUGGUGACACUGCCCAGAGCAUAAUGAAGGGAGUUUCUUUUCGUUUUAGUGAUCUGAGGUCACUGUUUCAUUAUGCAAGCAAGAACUCCUUGAACAAGAAGCAGCGUGUUAGAAAACCAAAAAGGAUAUAUCAGUUGUACCAGAACUACAGGUCGCAUUCAGGUAUUCUCCGUUUAGCAUCUGGAGUGGUUGAUUUGCUUCAGCAUUAUUUCCCAGAAUCUUUUGAUCGCCUUCCUAAGGACUGCGGUCUCUUUGAAGGACCAAAACCUACAGUCUUGGAGUCCUGCAGUGUUAGUGACCUAGCAAUUCUGCUGAGGGGCAACAAAAGGAAAACGCAACCCAUUGAAUUUGGAGCACAUCAGGUGGUAUUAGUGGCAAAUGAAACUGCAAAGGAGAAGAUACCUGAGGAACUCAGUUUAGCACUUGUACUGACAGUUUAUGAAGCAAAGGGCUUGGAAUUUGAUGAUGUACUCCUUUACAACUUUUUCACAGACUCGGAGGCUAGCAAAGAAUGGAAGAUUAUUUCUUCUUAUACUCCUGAUUCAGAUGUGCAAGUAGGAAGCAAAUUGCUAAUUGAAAUGCCUUUAGAGGAUGCUACUGGUAUGCAGAAAAGAACUCCUUUUAAUGUAGAAAUGUACAAGAUGCUGAAUGGAGAACUAAAGCAAUUGUAUACUGCCAUUACAAGAGCCAGGGUCAAUCUUUGGAUCUUUGACGAAGACAGUGAUAAACGGGCUCCAGCUUUUAAGUAUUUCAUCAAAAGAGAAUUUGUUCAGGUUGUCAAAGCAGAUGAAAAGAAAGGUAAAGUUAUCCUAAAACUUUCUUAA